AUGGAAAAGGUGGUUCUGCCCAACGGUGAAGAGCGUGAGAUCGAAAUCAAGAACGCGCUAUAUGUUCCAAGUAUGAGCAAGAACCUGCUCUCGGUACCACAGAUUAACAGCCAUGGCAAGUUUCAAGUCGUGUUUGACGGGUCCAAGAUGUAUGUGACUCUCAAGAACUCACAGGAAGUGGUGGCGACAGCGGAUCUCGUGGAUGAACUCUACUGGCUUCGGACGACUCAACGAUCAGCGAAUGUGACAACAAGUGGAACCAGUUGUGCCGAUCUACAUGCGAGAAUGGGUCAUGCUCCAGUCGAUGUACUUCGCAAGAUGAUCUGUUGCAAUGUAGAUCGGAGCGAGGAAAGCGGAGCAAACGGAGCGGAGAGACCGAAGAGAGUAGAGCAGAAAACACUUGCCCAAUAG